GGAACUGCUCUCGCAGUGUUGUGGUGUAGCUCGGCUGGUGGUUGUCGGCGUUUUCCCCGUGUUUAGGGGCGAGCUGCUGUUUCCGAGGAAGUCAUGGGGGAGGCAGAGAAGUUUCACUAUAUCUACAGUUGCGAUCUGGACAUCAACGUGCAGCUUAAGAUAGGAAGCUUGGAAGGGAAGAGAGAACAAAAGAGCUAUAAAGCUGUCUUGGAAGAUCCAAUGUUAAAGUUUUCAGGGCUGUACCAAGAUACAUGCUCCGACCUUUAUGUUACCUGUCAAGUUUUUGCAGAAGGAAAGCCUCUGGCCUUGCCAGUGAGAACAUCUUACAAGGCCUUUAGUACGAGAUGGAACUGGAAUGAAUGGCUGAGACUACCUGUGAAAUACCCUGACCUACCCAGGAACGCCCAAGUGGCCCUGACUGUAUGGGAUGUAUAUGGACCAGGAAAAGCAGUGCCUGUAGGAGGAACAACAGUUUCACUUUUUGGAAAGUAUGGGAUGUUUCGCCAAGGGAUGCAUGACUUGAAAGUCUGGCCCAAUGUAGAAGCAGAUGGAUCAGAACCCACAAAAACUCCUGGCAGAACAAGCAGUACUCUUUCAGAGGACCAAAUGAGCCGCCUUGCCAAGCUCACCAAAGCUCAUCGACAGGGACACAUGGUGAAAGUAGAUUGGCUGGACAGAUUGACGUUCAGAGAAAUAGAAAUGAUAAAUGAGAGUGAAAAGCGAAGCUCUAAUUUCAUGUACUUGAUGGUUGAGUUUCGAUGUGUCAAGUGUGAUGAUAAGGAGUAUGGUAUUGUGUAUUAUGAAAAGGAUGGUGAUGAAUCAUCUCCAAUUCUAACAAGCUUUGAAUUAGUGAAAGUUCCUGAUCCUCAGAUGUCUAUGGAGAACUUAGUUGAGAGCAAACACCACAAGCUUGCCCGGAGUCUGAGAAGUGGGCCUUCUGACCAUGAUCUGAAACCCAACGCUGCUACCAGAGAUCAGCUAAAUAUUAUUGUGAGUUAUCCACCAACGAAGCAGCUUACAUAUGAAGAACAGGAUCUCGUUUGGAAAUUUAGAUAUUAUCUGACUAAUCAAGAAAAAGCAUUGACAAAAUUUUUGAAAUGCGUCAAUUGGGAUCUGCCUCAGGAGGCCAAACAGGCUUUGGAACUUCUGGGGAAGUGGAAGCCAAUGGAUGUGGAGGAUUCCUUGGAGCUGUUAUCCUCUCAUUACACCAAUCCCACGGUGAGGCGGUAUGCAGUGGCCCGAUUACGGCAGGCUGAUGACGAGGAUUUAUUGAUGUACCUGUUACAGUUGGUUCAGGCUCUCAAAUAUGAAAAUUUUGAUGACAUAAAGAAUGGAUUGGAACCUACAAAGAAGGAUAGCCAAGGCUCAAUAUCAGAGAGUGUGUCUAAUUCUGUAAUAAAUUCCACAGAAGUAGAUAGCUCCCAAAUUAUAAGCAGCCCUCUUCCUUCUGUGUCUUCCCCUCCUGCCGCAUCUAAAACAAAAGAAGUUUCAGAUGGUGAAAAUCUGGAGCAGGACCUGUGCACCUUCUUGAUUUCAAGGGCCUGCAAGAACUCAACACUAGCUAAUUACUUAUACUGGUAUGUUAUAGUGGAAUGCGAGGAUCAAGACACUCAGCAGAGAGAUCCAAAGACCCAUGAGAUGUAUUUGAAUGUAAUGAGAAGAUUCAGCCAGGCGUUGCUGAAGGGUGAUAAGUCUGUCAGAGUGAUGCGUUCUUUGCUUGCUGCGCAGCAGACAUUUGUAGAUCGGUUGGUUCAUUUAAUGAAAGCAGUGCAACGUGAAAGUGGAAAUCGCAAGAAGAAGAAUGAGAGACUCCAGGCAUUGCUCGGAGAUAAUGAAAAGAUGAAUUUGUCAGAUGUAGAACUUAUACCUUUGCCUUUAGAACCGCAAGUAAAAAUUAGAGGAAUUAUUCCAGAGACAGCUACGUUAUUUAAGAGUGCCCUGAUGCCUGCACAAUUGUUCUUUAAGACAGAGGACGGAGGCAAAUACCCAGUUAUAUUUAAGCAUGGAGAUGACUUACGCCAAGAUCAGCUUAUUCUUCAGAUCAUCUCACUUAUGGACAAGCUGUUACGGAAAGAAAAUUUGGAUUUGAAAUUGACACCAUAUAAGGUACUAGCCACUAGCACAAAGCAUGGCUUCAUGCAGUUUAUCCAGUCAGUUCCUGUUGCUGAAGUUCUUGAUACAGAAGGCAGUAUUCAGAACUUUUUUAGAAAACAUGCCCCGAGUGAGAAUGGGCCGAAUGGGAUAAGUGCUGAGGUCAUGGACACUUACGUUAAGAGCUGUGCUGGAUAUUGUGUGAUUACGUAUAUACUUGGAGUUGGAGACAGGCACUUGGAUAACCUUUUGCUGACAAAGACAGGUAAACUCUUCCACAUAGACUUUGGAUAUAUUUUGGGUCGAGAUCCGAAGCCUCUUCCUCCUCCAAUGAAGCUGAAUAAGGAAAUGGUGGAAGGAAUGGGGGGCACGCAGAGUGAACAGUACCAGGAGUUCCGUAAACAGUGUUACACGGCUUUUCUCCACCUCCGGAGGUACUCAAAUUUGAUUUUGAAUUUGUUCUCUUUGAUGGUUGAUGCAAACAUUCCGGAUAUCGCUCUUGAGCCAGACAAAACUGUGAAAAAGGUUCAGGAUAAGUUCCGCUUAGAUCUGUCGGAUGAAGAGGCGGUGCAUUAUAUGCAGAGUCUGAUCGACGAAAGCGUCCAUGCGCUGUUUGCUGCGGUUGUAGAACAGAUUCACAAGUUUGCCCAGUACUGGAGAAAAUAAAACUGGACUUGGCCCUUCAAGAUAUUUAUGACAAAAAGCUGCAAUGGGAAGCAACCUGCUAAGGAGGACUUCAGAGCAACAAGGAGGAGGAUAGCCUGUUAUUUCCUGAAUGUUACGUAAUGCCUCAGUCCACAUCUGUGGACAAAAGUUGCUUUUAUAUGGUCUCGAAGGGUUUGUUUUGAAAUAUUUUAUAUAUUUAUUUUCAGUUGGAUGAAUUAUUAAAAGCUCACGUGAAGUCGGUUCCAGGAUAAUGUACAUAUUAUGAAAGCUCUGGAUAAAUUUCAUGUUGAACUAGUAAAAAUAUUUUAAACUUUUGAGUUUGAACAGUUAUCUUUUUUUUCCAUAUAUUUAUGCCAGGACAGCAGUUCUGUGACUCUGAGUUCACUUCCAUUUAUAACAACUUUCCUGUUUCCUCCCUUAACUUGUUGUCUUUCCUGCAUUGGGGGCGGGGGGGGUGUGUGGCCUAAUUUAAACACUUAAACUUUUACCUCAUUUUAUUUUGAAAUUUCAUUACACUUUUACAUGCUGUUUAUUCUGCGUAUGCUGGGGAAGACCAGGGAGGAUCCUGCUGGCCUGGACCACCGGGCGUGCGGGCAUGGAGUGGUCUAAGCAUUGGCCCAAGCAGAGGGUGUUUAGGCAGUAACGGGGAGCUGCACAGAGGCAACAGGUGUGAGCGAGGACCCAGUGAAAGAUGGUAGCUACCACAUGUGGACAGGCAGGCAGAGGGCUCUUCAUGCAGGGAAAAGUUAUUCAUAUUUCAAAUCUGUUAAUAAUAAAACCUGGCUUUUUCCUGAAAAUUGUAAUUCUGCUAAAUUGUAAGUAUGUAAAAUAGAAUAUGAAAAUGUAGCUAUGUGAAUAACUGGUCAAAACGUAACAAGACUGAAGGUUUUAUGAAUAAACAUAAGACAUUUUACAUAUUCAUGUAUCACAAUGUAAAUAAUGCUUCUGCAAUGAACUUUUGAUGCUAGCUUAAUUUUCAAAAUCUGAACUAGUUUUUGUAGUUCUGUUAAAAUAAUACAUCAUUGCUUAUUUGAACAAAAUAAAUUUUUUUUUAAGAUGA